GGGAAAUUGACAUUAACUGUUUUGUUUUCAUUUUCCUCUAAAUUUUUAAUUUAAUUGUCCUGUUUUCGUGAAAAUUUAAUGUUUUACUCGCAAUUAAUUGUCAUUUUCAUCUUUAACCUCUUCAAUCUUUUAAAUUGCGGUUUCUAUUUCUGUCCACAGUGGUUUGAUUUACUGUUAAAAUGUAUGGAUAUUUAACUAAACCGGGGAUAACAUUCAAUGAUACAAAGACAAGUGAUCUAAGUAAAUUGUCAAUAAUUGAACUCAAAGAUAUCUUGGAGAGACAGGAUAAGCUUUUGAGUAACGGAAAAUUCAUCAACUCUCUUCCGGAUAAAGGAAAGAAAAUCAAAGAUUAUCAACAAAAAGUUCUAGAAAAACUGAAAUCAAAGGAGCUCGUUGAACAGACAACCUCAAUUCUUGCCAAGCUAAACCUUAACCAAAAGGUUGAUCUUCAACAUCCUAUGGCCUCUGGUUCCGGAAUUGUUACAAAAUCUAAUGUCGAUCCUUAUGCUCAAGUCUUAAGUCAAGCUCUUGAUGAGACAUUACCCAAAUCCAAAGUGACCAAAUUUAUGCCAAAAAAGUAAAGAUGAACUUAAAA